CUCUGUAUUAUUUAUUUAUAACCUAUUUAUUAAAUAACAAACUUUAAAUAUAAUGGAGAAAGUUGUAAAAUUUGCUAAAACGAUACGUAAUAACUGGAAAAAAUCUGUACUUGGUGUAGUCGCAUUGUAUUACGGAGGUUCAAAAGCGAAAGAAAAAUAUCAUAUUAAUGUUUUAAUGAGAGCGGCGUGUAAAGAAGCUUCACAGUAUGGCGACGCGUUAAUUCCAAUGGAAAGAAAUCCAACCACAAUAACUGUGAUACUUAAUCCUGUCGCAAACAAGAGGAAGGCAAAACAGGAAUUUGAGAAGUACUGUGAACCACUUCUUCAUUUGGCCGGGUUACAGGUUAAUGUUGUACAAACAGCUUCGGAAGGGAAUGCUAAGGAAAUAGUGGAAACACUGCAUGGUACAGAAGCUAUUAUUGUGGCCGGAGGUGAUGGGACGCUGUCAGAGACAGUUACAGGUUUACUACGGCGUAAUGACGAUGCUAAUCUGUUUCCACUGGGUGUAUUACCUCUUGGUCGUACCAACACCUUUGGUAACAGUCUUUUCCCGGGAGGCCAAGGUGUUGAGAAAGUGAAGCAGCUUAUUGACGCCAGCAUGGCUAUCAUCAAAGGGAACACCACCUGGAAGGAUGCUAUGAAGAUAGAACCUAUACUGAAUGACGAAGAAGUACCAAGCCGCCCAAUAUAUGCCAUGUCUUCAAUUGAGUAUGGUGCUUUUAGAGACACGUUAGCAAGAAGAGAUAAGUACUGGUUCUGCGGUCCCCUUAGAGAAUAUGCCACAUUUCUGUUCAAUGGUUAUAAAAAUUCACUAACGUGGGACUGCAGUGGCACAAUCAGAUAUACACCACCAUGCACAGGCUGCGGCAACUGUAUACAGAAGAAGCCAGAAUUCAAGACAAAGUGGUCCUUCUUCUUUCCUACCACACCUGCAACUCCACAAACAGAUCAAACUAAACAAUUAAAUCCUGAAUGUACAACAACACAAGAGCUGUGUUAUAAAAGUUGUGAUUUAAAGAUACAGACCGAAAAUAAAGAAGAUCAAAUACCAGCGAUUAAUGUGUUGAUAGGUAAGAAUGCAUAUUCAUAUACAGAGUUUGUGUCGGAAGGCUGGAAUCGCUUGAAGAAAAAUGGUUGUGAUGCGCACACUAUUCCGGUAAGGACACUGGAAUUGAUACCAAAGCAGGCAGUGAAUGAAUCAAUGCUGGAAAUAGAUAGAGAGGAGUUUGAAGUCAAGCCAGUCAAGAUUACUCUGUUACCUAAAGUGAUAAAACUGUUUUAUAAACCACAAUUAAAUGUUUAAUAAUGUUACAAAUUGUUUAUUUAU